UUUUGAAAAAGUAUUGUGUUUUUUUUUUAAAUUAAUUAUUUAUGUCUGGUGCAUUCUGAGGAUUUAUAUGAAGUUUACGUAAAUUUGUUUAUUGUGGCACUAUUGGAUCGUUGGGCUGUAGGAAGAUAAUGGUAAUUUUGCACACUCCCUCACUUUCCCCUGGCAUGUCGUGCCGGGUAGGUUACUCCAGUGGCGGAGGACAUGGGGACUGGGACAUUAACGACAGUGCAGUCCCCAGAAUUCACGAUUUUGAUCAGUUUUCUGAAUGGGCCGAUGGACAUUGUCGACUUGUUUACAGAUCAGACAACGAAGAAGCCAAACGUCACUCGUCAGGUUGGGCGAUGCGAAAUACCAAUAACCACAAUGUCCAUAUACUGAAAAAAAGUUGCCUGGGUGUGUUGGUUUGUUCAAUGAGAUGCACGAUGCCCAACGGUGACAAAGUGCACCUUAGGCCCGCCAUCUGUGAUAAAGCGAGAAAAAAACAGCAAGGUAAGCCUUGUCCAAAUCGUCAAUGCACCGGCAGGUUGGAAAUUUUGGCUUGCCGGGGACAUUGUGGGUACCCCGUUACUCAUUUUUGGAGACACACGGAGCACGCAAUCUUUUUCCAAGCCAAGGGUGUUCACGAUCAUCCAAGACCUGAAGCCAAAAGUACCAGCGAAGCUAGGCGGUCACUGGGUAGUGGUAGACGUGUACGAGGUUUGGCUGUGUUGUUAGCUAAAGAAGCUGCUCUAGGAAAUAAGCUAAUGUCACUUCGAGAACCAAAAAGACCUUGUAAAGAAAUCAACCAAAUGAUAAGGUCCAACUCCACAACGACUUCUGUUACCAACCAAGAUAAAGGUUAUUGUUCCUGUCCACCGUUCGAAUGCAUUUGCAGUUACCCACCACAACCGCCCCAAAUGCAUCAAUUUCCCACCUCACCCCAAUCGUACCAACCAACCGCUCACCACCAAAGCCUGGACAGUUAUUGGACACAAGAACCUGCGCAUGCGCAAGCCUACCCCAGUGAUAUAACCAACCUCGAAACAAAUUCCUAUGACUUUAGUAACAUACCAGCCGACUUGUUCCAACCUGAAGAAAUAUUUCAAUUGGAUCAACCGAUUAAACCUGAUUAUGUUUAUGACGUCAGGAUUAAUGACGUUGCAAGAUCACCACCUACUUUAUUGGACUUGGGUAGUGGUACUAUACAUAGGGAAAUGAAGACUGAAGAUUAUUGGCCGCAAAGUAAUUUUUUGAGUAAUGAUGACUCAAACGCUAGUUCCAAUGCUAGUAGAUUUAAUAUAAGCCAAGAAGUUCCUAGUAGUAAUAAUAAUAAUAAUAAUAACAUAGUACCUCUGGAGCAAUUUUAUACCAAUGGUAGUCAAAAAAUGGAUUCUUUAGAGUAUUUACAACCAAAACCAUCUUCUUCUGGUACAAUGUUUGAGCAAAACAAUGCCCUACUAGAUGUAACAGAAUUUAAAACUGAAUUUGAUCUCAAUAAUGGUAACAAUCCUGGCGACAAGGCAGCGACUUAUUUUACGAAUAGCGAAAAUUACCCACAAAAUUUAUAUCAAAACUACCAAAAAAAUAGUUUGAAUGUGAAACCAAAUUAUCAAGAAUUUAUUGAUUUGGCCCAGUAUAGCGAUUAUACGAAUUUUCUGAACGUUUACGAAAAUAAAAUUAGUCAUUCUAGUGAUAAUGGUUUUGGCGACUUGGAUUUUCGGAUUUCCGGAACUGGUUUCAGUGAUAGCUUGCUGGAUUACAGUGGCCAAAACUAUGAUUCUGUUACCAAUCACUAGCUGGUUCCCUGUUAGUGUAAAUAAAUGUAAAUUUUUGUUUGUAAAGAGUCAAUCAGGAUUUUGAUAAAAUAAGUGUUUAUUUCAACAAUAAAAUCAGCAGUAUGGAGCCAAAAUUAACUUUUUCUUGUUGAAGUAAACCCUAGAUCUCAAUAAAAUAAUUACAAGAUUCUUGAUCUUUUAGUGCCUUAUGGAGUAGGAUAGGUAUUUUCCAAAAAAUUAUGGUUGUUUUUUUGUGUAGAUGUAGUAGUGUGAGCUACUGAAAUUAUCUUAUACUAUUGUUUAUACUAUGUAUAUAAAGACUAUGUGAUUUUCGAA